AUGUUCUUUCGCUCAGCUGAUAUAAUUGUCAAGUGGAUACCCACCCAGCUCCAAGACAUCUGGAGCUGUCCCGGGACAUUCCCUAUCUGCCACUGCCACUGGUCUGCUCACCUGGUUCUUUCCAAGAGCCAGGGAACUGGGCAGAUCUUACAAACGGUCGACCUGGCCGACCAUUCUCCCCAACAAUAUAUCAUCCCCGACGACCCUAUAAUCCCUUUACCCCUCGAUACUACGACAUCACAUCCCCGCACUGCCGAAUCCCCAUCUGCCCAGCUCGUCUCCCUAACCUCCCAGCCUCCGCCCAGCACCACGACAUCUCGGUCACCUAAUACCCGACGCCGCCGCCGUCAACGAUCGAGUAGUCCCGAUAUACACUCCCCAUCCACAACAGAAUCGGGAGCAUCGUCGCUGCUAGAAGACUCAAGGGCCGGUGACGUUGCGGCCCAACACGAAACAGCUUCUCAACCCGGCCAAACCGACAACCGCCCUCCAUCCCGCAAGCGCCGGCGCCUGCUCAACAUGCGUGCUGAUGGGUUAUCAGGUGCUAAUGGCUUUUCGCAGGCGUCUAACGGAGCUACUAGCUCAGGAAAAGCCAGCCUGAAUGGUCAAGCGACUGCAUCUUCAAAUGGAGAGUCUCAUGCCAACGGGGCGGGGAAAGCUCCGGCAAACCAGACAUACUAUGGUCACAACCGGGAAGAGGUGACCCGGAUCUUGAUCCAGAGCUUGUAUGAGCUGGGUUAUAACCGGUCGGCCUCCACUUUGACUGCAGAGAGCGGCCACCAACUCGAGACGGCUGGCGUUGCAACUUUCCGCAGUGCGGUGUUAGGUGGUCGCUGGGCGGAAGCUGAGAGGAUCCUGAUUCAAUCAUUCCGAAAUGGUACAAAUGGUCAGGAUUCUGCACCCGAAGAGACAUUGCUCUUAGCGGAGGAUGCGAAUAAAAGCGAGAUGCUUUUCUACCUGCGCCAACAGAAAUUCCUGGAACUUUUAGAGGCACGCGACCUAGGUGGGGCGCUAGGCGUAUUACGGCAAGAACUGACGCCGUUGAACUACGACAUAGACAGGCUCCAUGCCCUUUCCAGCCUGCUCAUGUCACCAACUGAGCUAUUGUACGACCAAGCGCGUUGGGGCGGUUCUACCACGGCAUCCCGAGAACGCCUCUUGACGGAUCUAUCUAAAUCAAUCUCCCCUUCAGUAAUGAUCCCUCAGCACCGCCUCGCCAUCUUACUAGACCACGUAAAGCAGAGCCAAAUCAACAACUGCUUAUACCAUAAUACCGCUCAACCGCCUUCUCUCUAUUCGGAUCAUCUCUGUGAUCGGAAUGACUUCCCACUAGAUGUGGGAAUCAGCCUGACCCAACAUACAGAUGAAGUCUGGUACUGUGGGUUUUCUCAUGAUGGCACCAAGCUAGUCACUGCGGGCAGUGACAGAAUGGUGCUCAUAUAUGAUACUUCGGAUUUUACUAUACUUCACAGAUUAAAUGACCAUGGCAGUGGGGUUGCUUUUGCCUGCUGGAGUCCAGAUGACACAAAGCUCAUCACCUGUUGCCAGGACAAGAAAGCAAGAUUAUGGAAUGUCGAGACUGGACGGUGUCUCCUGACCAUCGACCACCAUUCUGAACCAGUGACAUCUGCAGGCUGGGCUCCAGAUGGAGAGUCUUUUGUGACAUCCUCUUUCGACCAGAACUCACAAAUAUGCCACUGGAGUAUUCGUGGAUCACCCCUACACAUGUGGGAAGGUGGAUUCCGAGUGCAAGAUUGCGCAGUCAGUCCUGAUGGACGGAGAUUGGUUGCAGCUGACACAGACUCGAAAAUACAUGUCUUUGACUUCCGAAACCACGAAGAAGAUUAUUGUCUUUCCUUGUCUAGCAAGGCGACAUCCCUAGCUAUCAGCCGGGAUUCGAAACACAUGCUUGUGAACUUGAAAGAAGGUGAAAUACACCUGAUCGACCUCGAAACCGCAGGCGUGGUGCGACGCUUCAAGGGUCACAAACAAGGUCAAUGUGUGGUUCGGAGUACUUUCGGUGGUGCUGGUGAGAAUUUUGUUGUCAGCGGCAGUGAUGACUCGAAGAUCUACAUCUGGCAUAAGGAGAAUGGGUCUCUUGUAGAGACCCUUGACGGACACUCCAAAGGCUGCGUAAAUUCCAUCUCGUGGAAUCCAGCAGAUCCCACCAUGUUUGCCUCGGCAGGCGAUGACCGUGCUGUGCGCAUUUGGUCUCGAGACCGCAAUCGCCCUCGCCCAACAGGAGUUCCCAGUACUCGAGGCGUCUCAACGAGUGGUGCCCCACGGACCAGCGCCUUAAGAACGACUUAUGCCUUCUAG